AUGACUAACACCGCUCUCCAGUACUUCAAGGGCGCCGAGGCGGGGUGCUCCGAGGGCCCAGGGGGCGAUCCGGCCAUGGGAGCGGGUCUCAAGGGCGGAUCCAUGACGAUCGGGGCGGGCAUGGGCGCCGGGGACCGAUCGACGGCAAUGUACUGGGAGCAUUCGGACAUUGUGGAGGGCGCUGCGCAGGGGCUUCCGAGCAGCGCUGUUCUGCCCAAUUCCGCGAAUUUGGCCUUAAGUACUGCGAACGAGUCCGACAGUGGCUUAAGUACUGUGGCGGGCGGCGCCCCAAGGUCCGACUCGCUCUGCGCUUUUAGUACUGCGACGGAAGGCGGAAAUUCGUGCCAGUCGUCGGACACGCCCAUGGCGGCCUGCGCGGAGUUUUUGAUACCCGAGAAGAAGCUGCGCCCGAGGCACCAGCCCGGGGGCCCGGUCGCGUCCGCGUUGCAAGUCAACGCUGUCGCUGACCCACAGGGUCGGGGAAUGGAGGCGGCGGGCCUCAGGGAACGGAGGGCGCAGGGCAAGUCGCCGAAAAAGACGUCGCGGUACAACGGGGUCAGCAAGCACAAAAGGAGCGGCAGGUGGGAGGCCCACAUUUGGGUGAAUGACUACGGGCGCCAGAUAUAUCUCGGCGGGUUUGACGUUCCGGAGGACGCUGCAGCAGCCUAUGACAUGAUAGCCAUAAAGAGCAAGGGGCUCACGGCGUCUACAAACUUCGACGUCAAAAGGUACCUUCCCUUGUGGAGCUGGUUACAGGGUGUUACGCUCCCCGAACUGGUUACGUGCCUGAGGCGCCGCAGCAAGGGCUUCUCUCGCGGAAGCUCCAAGUACAGGGGAGUCACUCGGCACCCAACUGGCCGUUGGGAGUCUCGCAUUGGAGUGCAUGGCAGCCGCCACAUCUACCUUGGACUCUAUCUGCACGAGGAGACUGCAGCGAAGCACUAUGACCGUGCCCUCGUGCGCCUGAGGGGCGUCGGCGCCGCCACGAAUUUCAGCCAGUCGGAUUACGUAAAGGAGAUGGCGGAGUACGAGUGGAUGAGAAAG